AUAAUUUUCAAUUUCUACCAGAACUAGAGAUAAGGCCAUUGAGAUUAUAUUUUCAAAGAUUGAGAUCAACUUUAUGAUUAAAUAAUACAUGGCCAAGUAGUCAAGUACACAGAUUAGAGAAUAUUAUUGUGUCUAUGAUUCUGCAUUCGUCAUUUUUCUGUUGUCUGUGUUCAUUCAUUCGCCAUAUUUGUUUGUGAAAUUGUGAUCGGGUCGGGGUACGGUUUUUUAAAUUUGCAAUUUUACAAUCAAACCGGUUGUUGUUCCUAUAUUUACUUCUGCUAAAUUUACAAUACUUGAAUCAGUAAAAAUGGAGAAUCCAAGUGGAACUCAAGGACCAAGGGUAAGCGAUAAACGUUUAGCCCAAACUCAGGCAAAAGUGGACGAAGUUGUUGGUAUUAUGCGUGUCAAUGUCGAGAAAGUUUUGGAGAGAGACCAGAAGUUGUCCGAGUUGGACAAUAGAGCGGAUGCAUUGCAGCAUGGCGCGGCACAAUUUGAGCAGCAGGCUGGUAAGCUUAAAAGAAAGUACUGGUGGCAAAACUUGAAGAUGAUGUUGAUUAUUGGCGCUGUAGGAGCGGUCUUACUUAUCAUUAUCAUUGUGUGGGCGACUUCCGGCUCAAGCAACUCUGCUCCAGCCCCUACACCAGCCCCUACGCCUGCACCGGCACCAGUUACCGAUACGGCAGGACGAUAAUUCCUUGAAAAAAAUGUGAAACCUACAACUUUUUUUUUGACAGCCACCAUGAUUCAUACGAAAUACUGAUACUUGACUGAUUUAAUGAUAACAAAAGUAAAGGAAAAUAUUUUUUAAUGUAAGUGUAUUACCUUCAGUGUUAAGGCCUGUUAAAUAUUCAUAUCUCUAUUUCUUGUAACUGUUUUAUAUCUGUUUACAAACUCUUUAAAAAUUAAAAUGUAUUUACCUAAUAAAUUAUACAAAGAGACCAGUGCUAUACAUCUAAGGCCUAUAUUAUAUACACACGUUUUUAUAUGCCAAUAUUAAAUACAAGGCUUAUCCCAUUACAAUCUCACUAUUGCUCACAGAAGGUCAACAAUAUUUAAUUUUCAUUAUGAGAAACUAGCAGACACUGGCUGUUUGUCACUCUCAUAGUUUCCCAUUCCUGUGGAAAUAUAGAGUUAAAGUAUAGCUAAAUGUGAAGCUUUCCAUUGUUGAAAGAAUUAAAAGUCAAACCAUUUAUUUUGGAGCAUAUUCACUACUAACAAAAAAUCUUUUCUCUAUAAUAUCAGCGUAGCAAACAAAGAUUCCCAAGCUUCUACCAAGGGACUAAAAAAGUGUGAUGAUAAUGGAUUAAGCCUUAUCUAAUGACUGCAGUACAGUACGGAACUACUAAAGCAAAUGCUUUUUCUACUAACACUUUUUACUAGUUUUUAAGACUUUUGUCCAAAUACGAAAUUGAGCUGAUUUCUGACUUGCCUUCUAUACCUUAUUGCAUUCAAAUUUUGUAAAUGAAUAUAUACUCCUACGAGAGAAAAGACCAAUCCGAUUUUAGAGCAACUAACUAAUAACUGAUUUCUCAAAACUUUUUACCUCCUCGAAAUCUACAGGUUUGAAUUUUAUUAUAAUAGUUUCAUAGUUGAAGAAUAUCAAAUAUGGUUAAAAAUAAUGGUCUUAUACUUGGCUCCUUAAUUAAAUUGUGAUAAUAAUCUUUAUAUUUUUAUAACCUACUAUUUAUACUUGAACCAAAUUGUUUCUGAAUAGUGGAUGAUGAACCUGGGCUAAAGAGAGACAAACUUGGCAUUUUAUGGAUUCACUGCAGAUCUAUAGUGUGUGAGGAUAACUGAGCAAAUUCUAACAUUUGUGGCUGGUUUAGCUUUAAAAGGCUCUGAUGCACAUAAAGGCGCCCUAGGCCAAAUUGGAUUGUACAGGGAGAGCGACACAAGCCAAAGGUUCUCACCCUCACUGCUUCACUCUCCCUGUCCAAUGAAAUUUGGCAGGAUCUAGGGCAGCUUUUUUUACCUGUUCUUAUACAGAACUUACUCUGCAGUACUCUCAGGCUAAGAUUUAUAAGCAUGUUAGAUUUUGCUGGUUAUGCCCUUUCACCCAUAUCUGAUAUACUGUUGUGUUUUUUAAAUAUCACCCUAACUACUCAACAUUUUGUGAUAAUCAAUCAGCUUUGUCAAAAAUAUAGGAAAUAAAUGUAGGGUACUUUUAUCUUUUGUUAUUUAGGGAUUGAGCGGACAAUUGCUAGUUUAGAACUGUACCACAAACAAUUAAACUAAUGUGACCAAUAAAAAAUUUCUUAAGAUGUUUUUGGAAGACUAUUUAUUGAUACUGUUUGACUUGCAGUACUGAAAAUAUUAUAAAUAAUAUAUUAUACACAAAUAUGGGAGAGGUAUUUCUAUAAAAAGUAAAUAAAAUAUACUAUACUUAGUUAUUUGUUGAUUUGUUAAAAUUGUGUCAUCAAAUGAUCAUUGUUGCUGACUUGUAUGUUGCCUAUGUAAAUUUCAAUUAUAAUGCACAAUUUGUAUAAAUAACUAAAGCACAAAUUACAAGUAUGUUGAUUAAUUAUUUUAGUUUAUAAUUUGAUAUUUAUUGUCUAAAUGUAGACCAUUGUUUCUCAACAUUGUGUAAGUAUGGUAGCCAAUUAUGGAGUUAGGACUGUGGCAGCAUGGGCUGAUUAUGUUCAGCUUUUAUAAAUAAAAUAACAAAGGUCUGGCUGUCCCAGUUUUUAGGCCCUUUUUAUAGAUGUUCCACAAUAUCAAACUUGAAAAGUCAAACAACUGCAGACCAUGAGUGUGUGUCUAAUAUAAGACAACUUAACACUGCACUCAUAUAGAAGUUGAGGAACAACUAACAUCUCUUAAUAUGAGCCAUAGUCUAUUUUAUAGCUAGCUAUCUACAAGCAAGCAAGAUUCAGCUUAGGUUAAAGGUUUCUUUAAGUAUUAAUUAAUUUUGAAAUGCUGCCACAAAGUUGAGGUAUAAUGGACUGACUAUGAUUUAAAAUAUGUUUAAUUAACUUUUGCAUUUCUUAUUAGUUUUUGUAACACCCAAAGGGACCAACAAUAUUGUCUAUUGUGUAAGGUCCUUCAUUUUCCAAUAUUGUCUUCAUAAGUAAUGUGUAAGUCGAUGUUGUAUAUUAAAUGUAUAUUAUCUUAUAACAA